AGCACGAAGGCCCGACGCUUCGUCGCCUUUACAUACUUGUGGUGGAUCUCAUCAUUGACGUGCAUAUCUUUGAUGAAAGCAUUGGCGUACCAACCGGAGGCGACGACGAUGACGAUGACUAUGCGGGUCUUCCAAUUCCCAUCAAGAGACAAUAAAGCAGGAGCAGGAUCAUUGCUAAUUCUUUUCUGAAGUAAAUAUUACCGUCAUCUUCUCUUUCUUCUCUUACAAAUAUGAGUCGUUUGUUCGUCCAAGUACUGCCACUGCACAAUAUCAGCUUCGUCCUUCCUUCUUCUCUCAAGUUUCACACAGGUUAUAAAAACUCUUCAAAUGAGGCUGCUGCCGGAUUCACCACUACUGCUGUGCGUUGUGCUCGUCUUCACUGCGAUUCCAUCUGAGCAAGAUUCUUCUGGUGUGCUCGGAACAAGCCAAAGCCAAGCAGGUGGCAGCAACGCUCUUCCCGCCGCCGGUUGCCCUAGAAGCUGUGGCAACCUCACCUUCGACUACCCAUUCGGCAUCGGCUCCAACUGUUCUAGGUCUCCCGCCUUCAGCCUCACCUGCGACAGCACCACGCAAACCCCCAGGCUCUACUUUGAGGACGACAGCAUCACGGAGGUCGUUGCUUAUGGAAGCACCUGGUUGCAGAUCAGCCUUUCCCAGGCCAUUCCCAUCAUGCAUGGUGGUGUCGUCAGCACUUACAACAUGUCGUGGAAGUCUUCUGGAAGCGGCUUCACCCUAUUCUAUGCGAACCUGAACAUCACAGGCUGCGACUUCGAUAUAUACCAACUGCAGGAUAGGCAUGCGUCGUCCGUGAAGCUCUGCACAGUCACCUGUCCUGAUGCAGGGAUCACGGACAAGGUGGCCAGGCAGAACUGCAAUGGAACAGGGUGUUGCUCCGUCAACUUGGAUGUUCUUGAAGCCUUCCAGCUACAGUUUGUCCUCCGCAGCCACGGCAGAGCUCGACUUGGCACGCACACUAGCCGAAGCUCCCUAUGGGAUAGCAUCAAUGUAACUUCCACCGAUGCAGAAAUCCUGUGGAGUAUUGUGGAUCAACCGACGUGCGCCAGCGCCAUGGAUGACAGUGCAAACUAUGCCUGUGUAAGUAACCAUAGCAACUGCUAUGAUGGCUUGGGUGGGAGAUUAGAUCUUGGAUAUAUCUGCAGAUGCGAUGGUGGUUAUAGGGGCAAUCCAUAUGUACCCAAUGGCUGCUCACGGGAUAAAGGAUAUAAUCCUAAGGAACAAAAGGAGAACUGCCAGCGAUCAUGCGGUAACAUCAGUGUCCCGUUCCCUUUUGGCUUAGAAGAAGGUUGCUUCGCAAGAAGGCUAUUUCAGCUCAACUGCACAAAUACAGCGUCUUCCAGUCUCCAGUUCGAUGACGAACAUCAAGUGACACGCAUACAUAUCAAUGAGGGGCUUGUGGACAUUAAAUACACCCCACUUUACGAACAGGAGAUGUUUAGGGUGUAUGUAUCUAAUGAACCUGGCCUGUACAUUGGCUCUGGGGAAUCGUCCUCUGUGCAAUGGGCUGUUGCCAAUCUGACCUGCCACGAAGCAAUGCAGAACAAGUCGGGAUAUGCAUGUGUAAGCAUCAGUAGCACAUGUUUGGGUGUCAACUCAACAGAUGAUUACAUUGGCUAUCGAUGCAAAUGUCUGCACGGAUUUCAGGGGAAUCCAUACAUACACAAUGGAUGCCAAGCUUUACCAAUUAAUGGGGAAAGUACGAAAAAGCAAAAUCUUCUAUUAGGUAUUGUGAUUGGGCUUAGCAGUGGCAUCGGGAUUUUACUUCUCGGCUUAUGUGCAACAGUGCUUCUUCGCAAAUGGAAAAGGGACAUCAAAAAGCAGCAACGAAAAAAAUAUUUUCAGAAAAAUAAAGGCCUUCUCUUGGAACAACUGAUAUCAUCCGAUGAAAAUGCAAGUGAAAAAACAAAGAUUUUCACUUUGGAAGACCUGGAAAAGGCAACAAACAAUUUUGAUCCUACACGAAUCAUUGGCCAUGGAGGCCAUGGCAUGGUGUAUAAGGGUAUCUUAUCUGACCAGCGUGUGGUGGCAAUAAAAAGGUCUAAGAACAUUGAGGAAGGUGAGAUCAGUCAAUUCAUUAAUGAGGUAGCAAUUCUCUCUCAAAUAAAUCAUAGAAAUAUAGUGAAGCUUUUUGGGUGUUGUCUUGAAACUGAGGUCCCACUGUUGGUGUAUGACUUCAUUUCAAAUGGAUCAUUGUUCGAAAUUCUACAUUCUAGUUCAAGCAGUGGUUUCUCAUUGUCAUGGGAUGACUGCUUAAGAAUAGCUGCAGAAGCUGCAGGGGCUCUCUAUUAUCUACACUCAGCAGCUUCAGUAUCAAUCUUCCAUCGAGAUGUGAAGUCCUCUAACAUACUACUAGAUUCAAACUAUACUGCAAAAGUUUCAGAUUUUGGUGCUUCUAGAUUGGUUCCUAUUGACCAAACUCAUGUUGUCACAAAUAUCCAAGGUACAUUUGGGUACUUAGACCCAGAGUAUUACCAUACUGGACAGCUAAAUGAUAAGAGUGAUGUAUAUAGUUUCGGUGUUGUGCUUGUGGAACUACUCCUGAGAAGGGAGCCUAUCAUUACAAGUGAGACAGGGUCAAAGCAGAACUUAUCUAAUUACUUUCUUUGGGAGAUGAAGACAAGGCCAACAAAAGAGAUAGUGGCUACUCAGGUUUGUGAGGAAGCAACCGAGGAAGAGAUUAAUAGCAUUGCCUCGCUUGCAGAGAUGUGUUUGAGACUCAACAGUGGGGAGAGACCUACUAUGAAGCAAGUCGAGAUGAAUUUGCAGCUCUUGAGAACAAAACGGUCAAAUUCAUGCCAUGUUGUUCAAGAUAAUGCUGAAGAGAUACAACCAUUGCUUUGUACAGGAGCUGAAUCUAGAUACGAGACGUUUUCUAUUACCUUGGGUGGUAGUUCUAAUGCAGAGUCUCAAUACAGCCAAAGAUUCAAUAGCUUGGAGCACGAUUUUAAAUCAUCUCUUGGGACGCCACACUAAGGGCCUCUUUGAAGUGUCUGAAUUCCACUACAACAUAAAGAGCAAAAGAAGCUUUUAUGAGGUGGAUAUUUAUUUUCCUGCAACUGCAAGUCCUACCAAAAUACUGUGUUGUAACCAGGCAUGAACCUGAACAUCUUAAUGUGAUCUAUCUUUCUAUCCGCAGAAUAUCAUGAACAGUCCUUUACUCUCUUGUUUUUUUUCUACAUUAUUAUCAUACAGAAGUAUGUUGUACUUAUUUCCCUGCAAAUUGGACUCACUAUUAUGUAUUGUUUGUAACUGGAUUCUUGAAGUUCAUACAUCAGAUGUACACAUCUAAAUUUUUAUAUCACCUUGGAACUAGAUAAAUUAAA